AUGUUACGGGUGCUGAAUGGCGUUCGGAGUGUCGUUAGGGGGCUUCAUGGCCCUCUACAAACUCCUAGUAAUGUUACUCGGCCGUCAAAAUUCCGCUUAACGGGCUAUACAAGUCUCCAGCGUUUUGCCAGCACCAUCACAACAGCAGACAAGUUAUUACGCCGUGGCGACUUCAAUCCGUCGAAUCUAGCAUCUCUAUCGCCUCGAGAGGCCUUCACACACACACCCAUUUUCUACCCCGACGAAGUGAAGUCGUUUUACGACAGUAUUGAGUUCCAGGGUCUGGAAGAGGAAUUCCUGGAUAGGAUCCGAGAAGAACCUGACAUUUCCAAACGACUAGGAAAACUGAUGGCCUUUCUACGGAACCAGAUUAUCCAGGGCCACGCAGUACAGGAGAGCCAUCUUCUGGAGUGGUUCAAAAAAUACGUGCGAAUCGAAGACGGAAAGAUCAAGCCUCUGUAUUCGAAAGGAAACAAUGAUCUGCAAGAGAGUGAGGUGCGGGAGCUGCUGAACCAUGUGGUCAAUCGAACCCAGAAGCCUUCGGUCGAGUUUCUCAAGUGGUUGGCUCAGGAAGACUCCAUUUUGUGUGAGCAUCAUUUGUUUCGAUCGUAUAUCAAGGAUCUGUUGAUUUCUCGAGGUUUCUCUGUUGAGCGUCGGGGCAAGAUCGAUCUGCGACACCCCGAGGAGCUGUAUCCCGAUGCUCGAAUGAUCACUCGAAAGAUCAUCUGCCAUCUGGGUCCCACUAACAGUGGUAAGACAUACCGAGCCCUUGAGCGUCUGAAGAAGGCCAAAAGCGGCUAUUAUGCUGGUCCUUUACGAUUGCUAGCCCGUGAGACCUACGACAGAAUUAAGGACGAGGGUCUGCCCAUCAACUUGAAGACAGGAGAGGAGGUUAUCAACUGUGAAGAUGAGUUUGGACGGCCUGCUCCUCUGACAGCUGGAACCAUCGAGAUGAUCGACACGAACCAGCUCAUGGAGGUGUGUGUGAUUGACGAAAUUCAGAUGCUCAACGACCAGUCUCGAGGAUGGGCCUGGUUGAACGCUGUGCUUGGAGUUCAGGCUAAGGAAGUGCAUCUGUGUGGAGAAGAGAGUGUGGUCAACAUGAUUGAGAAGAUUGUGGCAAAGACUGGAGACACGCUGGAAAUCAACAGAUACGAGCGACUGGGCACUCUUGAGAUGGAAAGGCGACCUCUCAAGAGUCUUAAAGAAGUCAGAGCAGGAGACUGUGUGGUUGCCUUCUCGAGAAAGAAGGUGUUUGAGUUCCGACAGGAAAUCGAGGCCACUACAGGCAAGAAAUGUUCCAUCAUCUAUGGAGCUCUGCCCCCGGAGACCCGAGUCACACAAAGUAGAGACUUCAACUCUGGUGUCAACGAGGUGCUCGUGGCCACUGACGCCGUGGGAAUGGGUCUCAACCUGUCCAUCAACCGAAUCAUUUUUGCUGCUAUUCGCAAGUACGACGGACUCGGAGACUUCAAUCUUCUGGAACCUCCGCAAACCAAACAGAUUGCAGGUAGAGCCGGCCGAUACAAGGUGCCAGGGAGUGACAAGGUUGGCAGUGUGGGUCUGGUGACCUCCAUGUCUAACCAGCAGUCUAAGUACGUUGCCGAGUGUCUGGCAGCACCCACUAUCAUGCUAUCUACGCUUUAUGUGAAACCCCAUGAUGAUCUGUUUGCUCCUCUCGUGUCUGGUGUCAAGGGACUGGCUAAACUUAUGGCUAGGAUGAACCAGCUCACAGAUCUGUCUGUUGACUACCGACUGCCUUCGUUUGAAUCCCAGCUGGAGCUCUCAGAGGCGUGCUUCCAGGGUCUGUCUCUUGACCAGGCCCUCAACAUUUCCGGACUGCCGUUUGGAAACGCAAAGUACUGUGAAGCCCAGGUUCUGGCUAUGACACGAGCCAUGGCUCUCGGGACGGUGUACACUACUGCCCAGCUCGCUCUGCCAGCUCUUCAGGAAUACUUCCUGGCUCCGGUGGCUGUCGAACGACUGAAGAUCAUGGAAGACUUGCAUAAAAUGAUCUCCGCCUACCGAUGGCUCCAGAACCGCUACCCCCAGACGUUUGUGGACAUUGAGGGAGUCACCAACCUGCGUCUGCAGGUCGAAGAGGUCAUCAACAGUAUUCUCCAGAGCUCUCCCAAGAAGGGCUCCAAGAAGAGAUGA